AUGAAUUCGCUCAAAGAACUGGCCCAAACCGGAUUGUACGCCCCCGAGCAAGAGCACGACGCCUGCGGCGUCGGCAUGGUUGCCAAUAUUAAGGGUGAAAAGACCCACGCCAUAAUCACUGAAUCGCUGGAAGUUCUGAAUAACCUGGGACACCGGGGCGCUUCCGGUUCCGACCCUGACACCGGCGACGGAGCGGGCAUCCUGGUUCAGAUGCCGGAUGCUUUUUUCCGAAAGGCCACGACUGAAACCGGAUUUACUCUUCCACCGGAAGGGGAAUACGGGGUGGGCAUGGUCUUCCUGCCCCAGGACUCGGUUCCGCUUUCCGCCUGCGUGGCGCACAUUGAGAAAGUUGUGGCUGACGAGGGCUUGACGUUCCUCGGAUGGCGGAACGUUCCGCUCGACCCCGCUGCAAUCGGACGUGAUGCCCGGGCGGUUUGCCCCACUAUCAGGCAAUUCUUCGUUGGCAAAGGGGCUGCCCAUACUCUUGACCGGGCGGCUUGGGAGCGCAAGCUCUACGUGGUGCGCAAGGCCAUCACCAACACUUUGCACACCACCGGCAUCACCGACGACGAUGCCGACUUCUAUUACAUCUGUAGCUUGAGCGCCAACACCGUGGUGUAUAAGGGCCUGCUGGUUUCGUACCAGCUGCCUGACUUUUACCUGGACCUUAACGACGAAACGAUGGUGUCGGCUUUCGCGCUCGUCCACUCCCGGUUCAGCACCAACACCCUGGGACACUGGAAGCUGGCGCAUCCGUAUCGCUACCUGGCGCACAACGGGGAAAUCAACACAUUGCGCGGCAAUAUCAAUUGGAUGCACGCCCGGGAGUUCCAAUUCAGUUCCCCCUUGUACGGCGACGACAUCCACAAACUGGCGCCAAUCUGCGAUCCCCAGGCGAGCGAUACCGCCAGUUUCGACAAUGCGCUGGAACUGCUGGUCAUGACGGGCCGGGAACUGUCCCAUGCCAUGCUAAUGAUGAUCCCGGAGGCUUGGGACCAGCAUGAAACCAUGUCCCAGGAGAAAAAAGACUUUUACGAGUAUCACUCGGGCAUGAUGGAGCCGUGGGACGGGCCGGCCAUGAUGCUGGCCACCGACGGAAAGGACGUUUGUGCCGUCCUUGACCGCAACGGACUCCGGCCGUUCCGCUACACGGUGACGCAUGACGACAAGCUGGUAAUGGCGUCGGAGACCGGCGUGCUGGACCUGCCGCCGGAGAGUGUCAGGGAAAAAGGCCGCUUGCAGCCCGGAAGGAUGUUCCUGGUGAGCUUCGACGAAGGCCGUAUCAUCGGCGACGAGGAGCUAAAGCACACCUUGGCCGGCCGCCAACCCUACGGACAGUGGCUGAAGGAAAACAAGGUAGCCUUGGAAGGCUUGCCGGCUGCGCAGCCACUACCGCCGACCGGAGGUAGUGACCUCCGCCAGCAACAGCGUUCCUUCGGCUACACCAUUGAAGAACUGCGGAUGCUGACGACGCCCAUGGCCGCAGCGGGUUACGAGGCCAUCGGCUCCAUGGGAAACGAUGCUUCGCUGGCUGUGUUGUCGGAUCAGAACCGGUCGCUGUUUGAUUACUUCAAGCAGUUGUUCGCCCAGGUUUCCAACCCGCCUUUGGACGCCAUCCGGGAGGAGUUGGUAACUUCGCUGGAAGCGUUUGUCGGCAGCGAGCAAAAUUUAUUUGACGAAUCGCCGCUGCACUGCCGCCAAUUGAGGCUCAAGUCUCCGCUGCUGAACGAUGAGCAAUUGGCUCAGAUCCGGGCCUUGGACCUCCAGGGACUGUCGUCGGUUACAUUGUCCACCCUGUUUGAAGCCCGGACCGGCUCGUUGCAAGGCGCGCUGGACGAUCUUUGUACCGCUGCGUCCGAAGCCAUAGCUGCCGGCAAGAACAUAAUCAUUCUGUCCGACCGUGGCGUGGAUUCAAACCAUGCUCCCAUACCCAGUUUGCUGGCGACCAGCGCGGUUCACCAUCACCUGACGCGUACUGGGACACGCACGCGAGUUGGCUUGGUGGUGGAGUCGGGCGAGCCACGGGAAGUCCAGCAUAUCUGCCUGCUGAUCGGGUACGGCGCUGGUGGAAUCAAUCCGUACCUCGCGUUGGAAUCGGUGCGCGAUCUGGCCGAGCGCGGGGAGUUGAACGGAACCGAGCCGGACUAUGCGGUUUACAAUUUCAUCAAGGCAAAUGAGAAAGGCAUCCUCAAGGUAAUGUCCAAGAUGGGAAUCUCUACGGUCCAGUCGUACCGGGGAGCCCAGAUUUUUGAAGCCAUCGGUCUGAACGACGAACUGGUUGACCGAUAUUUCACGCGCACUCCCUCGCGUAUCCAGGGGAUCGGUCUCGACAUCGUGGAAGAGGAAACGCUCCAGCGCCACCGGGCCGCCUUCGAUGACCCCUUCGUGUCCGGCAUGCAGGAACUGGACAUGGGCGGCCAGUACCAAUGGCGACGGCACGGCGAGUUCCACCAGUGGAACCCGGAAGCGAUUGCCAAGCUACAGUACGCCACCCGCGCCAACGACCCGCGAGCUUACCGCGAGUUCGCGGAGCAGGUGAAUGACCAGAGUCGCCGCAUGGCCACGCUGCGGGGCCUGCUCGAUUUCACUGACCUCCAUCCGAUUGACCUCGACGAAGUGGAACCGGCCGUGGAGAUCGUGAAGCGGUUCGCUACCGGGGCGAUCUCAUUGGGUUCCAUCAGCCGUGAAGCCCACGAAACCAUGGCCAUAGCGAUGAACCAGUUGGGCGCCCGCAGCAACACCGGUGAGGGCGGCGAGGACUUCCACCGCUACGACCCGGACGAGAAUGGCGACAACCGUUCCAGCGCGAUCAAGCAGGUGGCUUCGGGUCGAUUUGGCGUUACGCCCAACUACCUGGUGAACGCCACCGAUCUUCAAAUCAAGAUGGCCCAGGGUUCCAAGCCGGGUGAGGGCGGCCAACUGCCCGGCCACAAAGUGGAUGAGUACAUCGGUUGGGUGCGGCACACCACGCCGGGAGUGGAGUUGAUCUCUCCGCCCCCUCACCAUGACAUCUACUCGAUUGAAGAUUUGGCGCAGUUGAUACAUGACCUGAAGAACAUCAAUCCCGAGGCGCGGAUCCAUGUGAAAUUGGUGUCCGAGGUGGGAGUGGGGACCAUCGCCGCGGGGGUGUCGAAAGGUCACGGUGACGUGGUGCUUAUCAGCGGUCAUGACGGCGGCACCGGGGCUUCUCCGGAGUCUUCCAUCAAGCAUGCCGGAUUGCCUUGGGAAUUGGGAGUUGCUGAAACUCAGCAAGUGCUCGUGGCCAACGACCUCCGCAGCCGCAUCGUGGUUCAAACUGAUGGGCAGCUGAAAACCGGCCGCGACGUGGCCAUCGCGGCGCUGUUGGGCGCGGAAGAGUUCGGCAUGGCCACGGCCGCGCUGAUCGUCAACGGCUGCAUCAUGCUGCGCAAAUGCCACCUGAACACCUGUUCAGUGGGCAUCGCGACGCAGGACCCCGAGCUGCGCAAGCGUUUUGCCGGACAACCGGGGCACCUGGUCAACUACUUCUACUUCGUUGCUGAAGAAUUGCGGGAGAUCAUGGCUGAGCUCGGUUUCCGCACGGUUGCCGAGAUGGUGGGUCGGGUCGACAAGCUGGAGACCCACAAAGCCGUGGACCACUGGAAGGCUUCGGGCAUCGACCUGUCCAAACUGCUCACCAUUCCGGCCCGGGCCCAACGCGUCCAGACCUACUGCUGCAUUGAGCAGGAUCACGGGUUGGAAAAGGCUUUGGAUCACCAAUUGAUCGAGCAAGCCCGACCCGCGAUCGAUAACGGGACACAGGUACACAUCAGCCUGCCCGUAAGCAACUCCAACCGUACCGUCGGAGCCAUGCUCAGCGGGCGCGUUGCCCGCAAGUACGGCGAAGAUGGGCUCCCCGACGGCACCAUCAACGUCGAACUGGAAGGCUCGGGCGGCCAGAGCUUCGGAGCUUUCCUGGCGCCUGGCGUUUCGAUUCGGCUGGCGGGCGACACCAACGACUACAUGGGCAAAGGCAUCGGAGGCGGGCGCUUGGUCAUUGUCCCGCCCAAUGGCUCGGGUUUCGUCCCCGAGGACAACAUCAUUAUCGGCAACGUGGCGCUAUAUGGAGCCACGGGCGGUGACGUAUUCAUCCGCGGCAGGGCUGGGGAAAGGUUUGCCGUACGCAACAGCGGAGCGCGAGCCGUUAUCGAAGGCGUGGGCGAUCACGGGUGCGAGUACAUGACCGGCGGGGUAGUAGCCGUCAUCGGCAGCACUGGCCGGAACUUCGGCGCCGGCAUGAGCGGGGGCAUCGCCUUCGUUCACGAUCCGGACGGCGAUUUCCACACCCGCUUCAACGACGGAAUGGCCGACCUGGAAAACUUGGUCGAGCAGGAAGACAUUGACCUGUUGCAGGGUCUGCUAACCGAACAUCUGGAGCGGACCGGAAGCGGGCCGGCACAGCGGAUUUUGGAUAACUGGCAGGCCAGCAUCGGCGAGUUCCGCAAAGUGAUGCCCCGCGAUUAUCGGCGCGUGGUCAUGGAACGCGCGCAGCGCGCGGCAGCUGAAUUGGUGGCGGUGCCCAAUGGGUAA